AAAUCGACUUCGAAAGCUUUGGCGUCACAACGAAUGUAUAUAAGCAUAUGGGGGGAAGUACGAUAUUUAGUUAAAAAAUCAUAAUCGGCAUGACAACACCUAGGGAGGAAGCUCUUAAUACUCCAAACUCCGCCUAUCCAAAUCUGGAAGAGAGGCUGGACACAUAUAUGCGAAGAAUUUUCUACCUAAGGGACAGCCACCUAGCAACCCAGGAGCACGAUCCAGCCAUAGUGGAAUAUUUCGGAGUGCUGAGUCUGACCAAUGUUCGAGCACCCCGCCGCAAGCUAUGGUACAUGUACUAUGCCACCGCUGAUGAACUCGACGCCACUGUGGAUCAGAUACACAAGAAAUAUGGCCAGAAGAACAUGUAUGAUCUCUACAGGAAGCCUGUGUUCAGUGGCUCCGGGAUGCGGGCCCGGGUUAAGAACCAUUUCUCGGCCCUGAAGUGGUACGUCAAGGGCAACAUCUUGGAAGCCCCACCCGAUAGCCCCUACAACGACGAGAAGGUGGUCAACACCAUAGCCGAUUUGUACCAGGCCGAUAGGCGGAGAUACCACGAUUUGUUAGUUGGGAAAAACAGUGACUUUGUUAAGUGGAACCCCGCGCACUUAAAUUGUUAAAUAAAUGACUGAAUUGUUUAGGAAUUAUAAUAGAAUUAGGUAUAAAUAAACCCUCCAAACUGAA